CCACUCCACUUCACAACGACGCCGUCGUAUGGUCGGUUCUGCACCGGGUUCCACCGUGGUACUCAAUUACAAAACCACCAGAGUGAGAUUAAACGCGCGUGUCAAUUAUAUGUGUGUGUGUGUGUCUCUUUUUUUGCCAUAUUUUCCAUUUUUUUUUUGUCUAAAAAUAUGUUUGUCGAAAAACCGUUACCGCAUCAGUGGGGUAUUUUCACGUGGCGAAGGAAGGGCGUCCUGAUAGAGGGUUCGGUACGUUGAGGACGUGCUAGAAUAUCCAAAAACAAAAAAAAACUGAAUUUUUACAAUUUUCCGUUGUUAGAGAGAAAAACUUCUUUUUUAUUACUUGUUUAGUGUCGUUUUUUAUUAAGAUGAAGCUGUUAGUGUUGUUUGGUGUCUUUGUGUUCAGAUUUGUACGGGCUCAAGGUAACAUGCCAUCAGUACCCGAACCAAUAGGGAUCUGUAGUUCAUCCAAAGAUGUGGUGUUACAAUCCAGAGGAGACUCGGCCUCCCAGACCGUCAUCCUGGAUUCCGGCGUUCGCAAUAACGAAACACUGUGCCAAAUUAAAGUUACAGCUCCAAAAUCCCACGUGGUCAACUUCCAAUUUAUGGAGGAAAUGAACGAGACUAUUAAGAACGACACCAAUGACUCCUUAAGCAAAGAGAAGAGACCGUCGUGUGUUAUGAGCAUCUAUUUGCCGGAUAACAGUACAGCUCCGUUUUGGAAAGGAGAUCCUUGUUCGGGGGAGAAAAUGACCGAUAUUGACUUACUGACUUCGGAGUUUAAUAUACUGUGGAGUCCACCAGAGAACCAAAGCGCCGUGGUCUUUUUUAAGACUGUAGUUCUGACGGCUGUAGGAUCAGGUCCAUCAUGCAAGGAACCCUUCCAGCACACCUGCAUGCGUAUCGGUCGCAUUCCCAUGCUGUGUAUCUCAGAUCAUCUGCUGUGUGACGGAAUCCCCAACUGUCCCAAGACGUCCACUAACAGUGACGAAGAUCCGAAGAUCUGCAACAUCGCUAAAAAUGCUUGGGAGAACUUCGUGGUCGAACUGGUGAAGAAGUAUCGUCCGCGAAGCGAUGGCGAUGACACCUUUGAUCUUCAAGGGAAUUCCAGUGAGGUAGCGUCGGAUUCCGAUUGGUUCGUUCAGUGGCAGUUGGUGAAGAAAAAUGUAACAGACAAACCGAACGUGGUAAACGAAACUCACAGCGCCAGCGAAUCGAUUUCGGCCAUGUUGAACAAAUACGGCCCCUGGGGCUACCUGAUGAUGGGCCUUCUCAUCUGCGGCACGGUCCUCUUCUUCUGCGGCCUCUGGGAGUGUUGCUGCAAAAGACCGAAACCGGAGGUGGACGCGCCGCCCCUCACCAACCCCACCACCGUGUUGGUGAUGAAUUGCGGCCAGGGGGCGGCAACACCCCCGAUGCCCCCCCAGUACGACGACUUGGACUUGCCGCCCUCGUACACCACCUUGUUUCCCGCCGAGGAGGGACGGUACACUUCGAUUAGUGAGGAGGGAGUUGCGUCUACUUCGAACGCCGAGGAGGAGAAGAGUGAGGAGGUUGGUGGUGCAGGUGAAUCAGUGACGGUUCAAAUUAACCAUUGUGGUACUAGUCAAGAGGAUGAGGAGGACGUGGAGGGAGAUGAAGGAGAGUCUGUCGAGAGCAGUUGAGUUGUUUGUGAAACAAGUAUGAUGAUAUUUGAACUGUACUUAUGUGUGGGCGCGACGGCUUGUUUCGCGGUUUGUUUUUGAAUCUAUACCUUAAUCAUGUGUGAUAUUACGACUGAUCAAUGUAGUUAUUUAGUUGCACCGGACAUCACGCGUAUUAUAAUAUUUAUAAUACCAAGACUUAAGAAGAGUUGUGUGUUUCUUUUUUUAUUUAUCUGACGAGUGUUUUUUUUUGUAAUAAAAGAGAAGUUUUUUUUGAAAAA